AGAAGAGACAAAUGUUGAUGCAGGUUUAAAGGCAGGAAAUUAACAAAACCAAACUAAUAUCAUGAGUAUGAACUACGUGUCUGCGGUGCCCACGCAGAGGUCGACAUCGUUUUUUAUUGAGGACAUCUUAUUGCACAAACCUAAGCCGCUGAGAGAGGUCAUUCCCUCGCCUUUCUGUAGCUCUCUGGCCUCCCGGAUGCCCAUGCUGGAGUAUGGAUACCCACUGAUGCCAACCCCAAUACUGGCGCCACAUCUGCACCAUCCUCUCCACAAGCCAGAGCAUCAUCAGUACUUCUUCACUUCUGGGAUGCAGAUGCCCGCCUUGUUCCAGCACCACGCAGAGUUACCGGGGAAGCACUGCAGACGCCGGAAGGCCCGGACGGUUUUCUCCGACUCGCAGCUGUCUGGCCUGGAGAAGAGGUUUGAAAUCCAGCGGUACCUGUCCACACCGGAGAGAGUGGAGCUGGCCACGGCGCUUAGCCUGUCCGAGACACAGGUAAAAACGUGGUUUCAGAACCGGCGGAUGAAGCACAAGAAGCAACUGAGGAAAGUGCAGGACGAGCGGAAGACCCCCGGGGAGCUGGAGAGGUCCGCCGAGAACUCUAGCGAGAGCGAACUGAACGACAAGAGCGCGGAGGAGCUGAAAAACGGACUGGAGCCGGACUCGUACAUGCUCGAGGAAAACGACGACGAUGUGGAUAUCGAGGACGACAUUUGCUCCCCGGAUCAUCUACUAUAGUAGGCGGCAGGGUUGUUUUAUACGGAGCAACUUUCACAAUGUAAAUGCACUGUAGAUAACACUAGCUUUUUUGAGCCCUUCAAUUACAAAUACAUAAGUUACUGUUUUAAAAGAUAAUGGGGGAAAGGCUAUACAAUACCAUUUUAAUAUUUAUUCAAACAUGCAAAGUGGCCCAUUUGAUUUAUAACAAGUGUCCGGUUUACUCUAUAGACUAUGAGCAUUUUCUUGUUGUCUAACAAAACAUAGAAUGUGCUUACAUCACGCGAUUAUUAUUAUUAGCGUAAUAUUACUAAAAAUCUAGACAUUUGUUUAUUUCAAAAUGCUACACCUAUGUAUUUUACUUUUUUUUCAGACGGAAAAUAUGUACACAUGAAUAUAAAUAACCCAAUGGAAUAGCUCUUUGCUUUGUAUGAUAGACGCAUCAUACAACCCCAUCAUUUUGCACUUGUAUCCUAAACGAAAUGUUCCGUGCUACUCUUUUUUUAUCUUUUAAUUAGUCUACUUUUUAUAUUUUAUUUGCCGUGUAUCCAUAUUGUUGAACGUUUUGUAAAUCAAGUUUUGG